GAGAGACAAUUCACACUGAAGGUGGGGACGCGGCCGGCUCUCGCAGGACCCCGCAGUCCAUCCCGAGCCCGCAGCCCCGCGCUCCCCGUGACGGCGCCCGCGGCCGGAGCGGGGCUGGGAGCGCGGGCGGAGCAGAGGCAGCCCCGGCGGGGCCAUGGUGAGAGGCGGCGGGGGCUCGGAGCGGAGCGGCGGGUGCUGCGGGGCGCGGCGGGGGCUGCCCCGCUCGGCCGGGCGGUCGUGACCGCGGCGGCGCCUCCAGGGACUGAUCGGCCCCAGCCCCGAGCGCACCGGGCAUCAUUUCGCGUGUUGGUCUGAGCCUCGGCAAGCAAGGAAUAUGAACAAGAAAACAAGGCGCUGGAUCUUCCACAUCUUCCUGAGCCUGGGGAUUGUGUAUAUCAAGAUCGGGGGUUUCUCCUCUGUGGUGGCCCUGGGAGCCAGCAUCAUCUGUAACAAGAUCCCGGGGCUCGCCCCCCGGCAGCGGGCGAUCUGCCAGAGCAGGCCCGACGCGAUCAUUGUAAUCGGGGAAGGGUCCCAGAUGGGCAUCAACGAGUGCCAGUUCCAGUUUCGCAACGGGCGCUGGAACUGCUCGGCCCUGGGCGAGAGGACCGUCUUCGGCAAGGAGCUCAAAGUGGGGAGCAGGGAGGCCGCGUUCACCUACGCCAUCAUCGCGGCGGGGGUGGCCCACGCCAUCACGGCCGCCUGCACGCAGGGCAACCUGAGCGACUGCGGCUGCGACAAGGAGAAGCAGGGCCAGUACCACAAGGAGGAGGGCUGGAAAUGGGGCGGCUGCUCCGCCGACAUCCGCUACGGCAUCGGCUUCGCCAAGGUCUUCGUGGACGCCCGCGAGAUCAAGCAGAACGCCAGGACGCUCAUGAACCUGCACAACAACGAGGCCGGGCGCAAGAUCCUGGAGGAGAACAUGAAGCUGGAGUGCAAGUGCCACGGGGUCUCGGGCUCCUGCACCACUAAAACCUGCUGGACAACGCUGCCCAAGUUCCGUGAGCUGGGCUACAUCCUCAAGGACAAGUACAACGAGGCCGUGCAGGUGGAGCCCGUCCGGGCCAGCCGCAACAAGCGCCCCACCUUCCUCAAAAUCAAGAAGCCCCUUUCCUACCGCAAACCCAUGGAUACGGACCUGGUGUACAUAGAGAAAUCCCCCAACUACUGCGAGGAGGACCCGGUGACGGGCAGCGUGGGCACACAGGGCAGGAUGUGCAACAAGACAGCGCAGCAGUCCAAUGGCUGUGACCUGAUGUGCUGCGGCCGCGGCUACAACACGCACCAGUACUCGAGGGUGUGGCAGUGCAACUGCAAGUUCCACUGGUGCUGCUACGUGAAGUGCAACACGUGCAGCGAGAGGACAGAGGUGUACACCUGCAAGUGAGCGCUGCCCCUGCUCCUGCCCGCCCUGGGGUACAUUUGCACAUGCACUCGAYGGACCUGAGCAGGAGGCUGUGGGCCAGUCCUGCUCUCCCCGGAGAAAAGCUGGUGAAUGGAGCCCUCUCUCUGCUUCUCACGUUUUUCGUUGCUUGUGUGGAUACACAUUUCAGACCCUUCUAAAGUCGGCCAAGGAGCAAAAACAAACAAACCCCACCCUGGGCCACCAGACAUGCAAAAGAGAGAGAAAAGGAUCAUCUUGUUGAGCCUGCACCUCGGAAGCAAGGAGCACUGACUGCUUGUGGAGAGACACGGGCCAGGGGGAAUCUCUGAGCAUGGCAACGAACUCUUGGUUUGGGAAAAGGAUGGUCAAUCAAGCACUCGUGUGCACAAGGAGCAGGGAGGGCUAGGGCAGAAAUCCCUGACAAAAGGCUUUGCACGGGAUGGGAUGGACAGAGCCUCYCUCACUGCCCCUGUGAACAUGUGGAUGACACAGGUUUAGGCUUUUACACUUGUGAAAAGCUUCUGCUGGUCUCGCCCAUCUUUCCACUUCACAGCAAUUGCUGCAUCAAGAAGAACUGUGGAAGGUUUCUGUAGACACUGCUUUAUCUGCCUUUCUUGUGUGUGUGUGUGCUGCAGAUUUUAGCACAGGGAUUUGGGACACUUGGGYGUAAUAAUAGCAAUAUUUAACAAUUUAUUCAGAUAAAACUAAUAUUAAUUUAUUUAAUUAAAAAAAGAACUUGACCCACCUGUUUUGAACUAUUCUGCAAUUAAAGUAGAUAGCUGGCUUUCUUUGUGGAAUAAUUUUGGAGGAUCAGCAAGGAAAAACUGGAGCUGUAUAUAUUAUUCUUGACUAGGAUAUUUCUAUUAGUUGGACUUGCAGGAUAUGUUCUACAGUACUGGAUGUUUAAGGACAAAAGCUGGCAUCUUUAUAUAUAUGUACAUAUACAAACACACUGUAUUUUGGGGUUUUUGUUUGUUUGUUUCCUCCUGUUUGCUGCUAGUUGUCUAGAACAAAAGUCGAGUGGUAGGGGUUACAAACCUUUACCAGUUUUUGUGUUGUUUUUUUUUUCUUUUUUUUUCCUUCAAUUAAAGAAAGAAGCAUUAGUGAAAUCCUGUUUGGAAUAUGUCUAAAAAUAAGAAAAUCCAGACAAAAUUCCAUCUUUUGGAAAAAUCAACCAUAGGAUAAGAGAGUAUAUUUUGUAAGAGACUAUUUUUAUAUAAAUAUUUUAUUUAUACUAUGUCUGCUUGUUCAACCUGUACUUUUUCUCAAAACAGGCAUACAAUUUGUAAUUCUUAGGCUAUUUAACAGAGAAGGGGUAAUUAGUUUGUGAACACAACAGCAGCAAGCUGGAUGCAUUCAGCUGCAAUUGGUGGAUGUGUCURAAAGCAGAAUGAACUUUCUCUCCGGAUGUGUGUACAAACUGGCUCUUUUCCUGUGGCUCAAUUUGCAGAAUAUGCAAAACAAGAACAGGGUAUGUAGCAUCAAUUUUGUCACAUGGCUUGAAUUCAUGAUUGGUAUUAACUGGAUGCUCAUUUAUCCCAUUCAAGAAAAAAAAAUCCGAAUUAGCUUCCCACAUGCGUCAGUCAUUAAACUGUGGCGUUAUGACUCGCAAAUGUGCUGUGUGUGCUGUCAGUUAAACCUCUGCAUUGUGCUACUGUCAGAUCUGAUUUCCAUCAGUGGGCGACUGUAGACUGGGACUGUAAUAACUAGCAUGACACACAUCGUCUGAUUCUCAUAGAUAGGAUACAGAGCUUACUUUUUGUCCAACUCUUUUUGGCAUUUACAUUAUUCUUUCCCCCCAAAAGGCCAGAGCUCAAAAAUCCAGARAAACAUUCCGACAGGUUUGAAGAAGCAAAUUUAAAGAAUGCUCACAUGUUUUUCAGAGCCCAACUCAGCCAUUUUACAUUCCCUUCGUGGUAUUUCUUUGUAAUCACCACUAAUUUUUUCAGGCACUCAAGUGGUAAAUAUUUUGAAUCAUUCUAUUCCUCCUGCUUAACUCGUUUGUGACUAAUAAAAAGAAGAAUCUAAUUUUAACAUUGUUUUUCACUGGGUAAGAAACAUGGCCCAGUGUAAUUGAUGAUGUUGCACAUUAUCUGGGACAGAUCAGAUUCUUUCCUCCUCGAAGACUGCAGGAUCUCCCCAGCUCAGGAGGCAUCAGUAAAGGAAAUGUGUCACUGACUCCCUGGGUAGCAGCARGUGCUACAAGGAGAGGAGACAGGCCUGCCUUGUGUGCACUGAUCCUUCCCAGGCAAAACUCCCACCUAAGACUGCUCAAACAGAAUUUUUUUGAGAAGGGAAACAGGCAUCAAAAAAGAUGCUGUAAAAUUUGACAACUGACCUUUUAGGACUUGGGUUUUAUCUCACUCCUUGUGUAUGUAUUAUUUAAGAACACAACCCCAUGCAGUACCUCAUCCUAGCAAUGUAUCACCAGGGUUAAUACACAGUUCCUUUGCAGUCCUGCCACUUAACUCAAAAUAGAWUUUUUAGUYAAUUCAGACAAGCAGAAUGGAGUAUCAAAACAAUUAUUAACAUAAUUUACUUUCAAACUUAUGAYUUGUCAAUAUCAAAGCWAAUUUUUAUYGGUCAUUGAGUCACUGCUCUUAGUCCUUUUAAAUUCCAYACAASAAGAKAUAAAAAGCAACCACAUACAGUAGGGAUGUUUAUUACAACCCUGUAAUGGUUAAAUAAUUCCGUUCUAAUGUUUAAUACUGUAAUCUCCCCCCUCCCCAGUUUGUAUUGGGUUUUGAUUUAGUGUAUACCAUAUCAUAGUUAAAACUAUGUGUUCCUCAAUGAUUAGAGUUACUUUGCAAAUUAUUACUUUUGCAGCAUGUUUUUACCAUAAAAAAAUUAUGUGUAAAACUCCUGCUUCCUGUAAAUUUCCGUAUGCAGUGAUGUGCCAUGUACAGCUUGUAGAAUAAUUAUUGAAGGACAAAUAUCUUUAAACAGUUUUACUCACAAUAAUAUAAAACUGGAUGCACAGUGACUUUAAUUUGGUACACAUUCUCCCUACAUUUUACAAUAUUGCUGAUGAGAAAAAGAGAAAAAAAAAGACAAAAAUUAUAUUAAUUUGUUUAACAUCUGGAGUAACAGUUUGGGAGCUCUGAAUUAAAGAGCAAGGAAAAGCAGAAAGUAUUGGAAAUUUGGCUAGAAAGUAUUUGGAAAUUUGGCUGUGUCAUCUUAGACAGGAGAAAUCUGGCCCAUCAGAAUGUGCCAUGAGUCUGGAGUUAAUUGGUCAUUCCCUAAACGGGCUUGAGCGGCAUGAGAAUACACAGGAGAGGGGAGAUUUACGGUUUGCAGAUAUUCCUCCCCCCGACAACAGCUUGGUCUUUGUGYUUGGGGAUAGAGGAGCUCUGUUUUGACUUGGGGAAGAACCACACAAUGGCACUGAAAUGCACACAAGUGUGGAACAAUGCCGCCCUCCAAAGAAAAUCCAUCUUUUCAUGUGUGCUGCGAGGGGAGCGCCGCGCUGCUGGGCACGGGGGAACCUGGAUGGGGCUGGAAGGGAAACACAGCCCAGGGGCACAGAGGAGAUGGGAGCAGGAAGGAGAAAGCCUGGCUGCAAACUGGGAAGCUGCUCAUUAUGAAAUCUCCCUUCUUCAUCCCACAGUGGAAUCACAGCUUGUGGAAAUGAAUUUGUUUUGCCUCAUGAUUCCUAAAUAAGUGUUAAAGUUUUACCUCUUGGCCUUUCUAAAGGGACAACUAACCUSAGUUCAAUCAGCUUGAUAUUAGAAGCACUUACAUAAAACGCGUAUCAGCCAGUGAUUAAGUUUUCUUUGCCUUGUAUGCACAAAACUAAUGGAGAUAUGUCUUUCAACAGUGAUAAUUAAACUGAAAACAUCCUCAAAAUAUACUCUCAAGUGGCUCAUUUGGUAAAGUUAUUGUGAGGGGACAAAGUAAUUUAGAAAAGGAGAAUAAUGGCUACAUACCAUACUGUCCAAGGCUCUUAAUGAACUCUCCUGUGGAUCACAAAUCUGUUUUUAACUGACCACAAUUCAAAAUCCAUUUGUUAAACAGAAAAAUGUUGCAGGCUGCAGUYAGGGUGCACAAAUUCAAAUUAAUAUCUGUGUAAGUAUUUCUGACAAUAUUUUCACAUUUGUCAUUAUCAUAGGCAUGUCAUAGGA